CAUGAAAUAUUUUUGAUUUUUUUGCCCAAAGUAAGUACACAAAAUUAAUGAUGAGGAAAUAAACACGUAUGUGUUUGUAAUAUAAUGAAGUGAGCAGUCAAAGUACGCGUAUCAUUUACUAUAAGCUUAUGAGCAACAACUAGGAAAUACCUCCGACAACGUUUGACCGUUCUUUGUGAAGCACUGUACAAGCGUGUUUCCCUUUGUUUCUUGCUAUGUUUCAUUUGAACAGCAACCAAAAUUAGUAAUGGAACACCGUUCAUUGAUUUGUUUGAUGUAUUGUGUAAGCUUUUCUUUGACUGUCUGCACAAAUAUCACUGGACCAGGAGUAUGUAUGCAACCGAACAGCUCAAUCAUCACAUGUUGUUUUGGAUAUGUUCUAAAAGAAAACAUGUGUUUCGAGUGUGAACCAGGCACUACAGGUGAAAACUGUUCCAAGACCUGUCAGCCUGGAUAUUUUGGACUUUUUUGCAGUAAACCAUGCCUUUGUGUCUCUGAAAUGUUUUGUGAUCCUAUAAGGGGUUGCCUUUGUAGCUCAAACAGUGUUAACUGUACAGAUCAAGAUCAGAAAUUGUCAACAGAAAAUGCCGAGAAUUCAACGGUUUAUAAGUCAAAUCAUAAAUCACAAUUCAUUUGGGAUAACAUCCUCCCCUCGUUGGUAUUUGCUAUCACAGUAUUGGUCAUCAGUAUUAUAUGUAUCAGAUUGCUGUAUUCAAAGAUAAUGAAAAGAAAAGUGGCCGUGGUGCCAGGUUGA